AUGGAGGUCACAGCUCUCUGCAUCCGACUGUUGAUGCUUGAGUUCACUCUGCUAAAUACUCAGAAGAGUGAUGCAGUUCUUCUGCGCGUCACUCCAGACAGAUUGCAGCACUUUAAAUCUGACGCUGUGUCUUUUGACUGUGAGGGCUCUGAUGGCUCGACUCGACUGAGAAUGAUCACAAAUACUGUGGAGUAUGGUGCGGAUUGUAAAGUUGAGAGGACGCCAACAGGGUCCUCCUGCACCAUUCAGAGAGCUUCUCCAGCCGACAGUGGAGAAUACUGGUGUGAGACUGAAGGAGGAGAGAGAAGCAACAGUGUCAACAUCUCUGUCACUGAUUCAGCUGGUUCAGUGAUCCUGGAGAGUCCUGUCCUCCCUGUGGAAGAAGGCAACGGCGUGACUCUGACCUGCAGGAAGAAGAAAACUUCCUCUAACCUGACAGCUGGUUUCUAUAAAGAUGGCCUCCUCAUCAGGAGCAGCUCUACAGGAGAGAUGACCAUCCACAGUGUUUCCAAGUCUGAUGAAGGACUCUACAAGUGUCACAUCUCUGGAGCUGGAGGAUCACCAGAGAGCUGGAUGGCUGUCGGAGAUGGUUCAGUGAUCCUGGAGAGUCCUGUCCUCCCUGUGGAAGAAGGCAACAACGUGACUCUGACCUGCAGGAAGAAGAUGUCUUCUUUACAGCUGACAGCUGAUUUCUACAAAGAUGGCGUCCUCAUCAGGAGCAGCUCUACAGGAGAGAUGACCAUCCACAGUGUUUCCAAGUCUGAUGAAGGACUCUACAAGUGUCACAUCUCUGGAGCUGGAGGAUCACCAGAGAGCUGGAUGGCUGUCAGAGCUCAUCACAGAGAGACUUGUCCCUCCUCAGACCUCUUCAUACAUGUCGUCCUCGUCUUAAGGACGGUGUUCACCAUAGUGAUGGUGCCUCUGCUGCUGCUGCUGGUGGGACUGCUGCACUGUGGGAAACUCAGAGUUACAGUUGCACAAACAUAACUGAUACUCAUGUAUAAAGGUAACAUGUCAAGGUAAUGAAGCAGAGAACCUCCCAUCAUGCUUUGGGUCUGGAAAACCUGGCAGAACAGAAAACAAUCUUUAAAAAGUGAUCACUGAGAUUGUUUAACAUUGUAUUUCCAUCUGUUUUUACCACCUCUGUUUAAGAAGUCAUGUUUAACUGUGAGGUGUCAAACUCCUCUUCAUCACAUGUUGAUACCUGCAGCAGCUGUGAGACUUUCUCACACAGAACAAGGUUCAAAACCACAGACAGCCUUUUGAAGAGCUGAAAGGUUUCUCAGCAUAUGUAGUUCUGUGUUUUAUUUUAGACUCGACAGAUGCUGGUGAUGAUUUCAGCUUCUUAGACACAAACCACAUGAGAAGAUAUAAAUGUAUCUGUAGAGGACGCGGUCAGGAGGCUAUCUAUCUAUCUAUCUAUCUAUCUAUCUAUCUAUCUAUCUAUCUAUCUAAUGUAGUGUAAAGCUGUAUCUCACUGACAAAAAAAAACUAUAAUAUGAAACUAUGAAAAACUAUAUAUGAAUAUUGUUAAAAUGUUCAUCAGCAUGAGGAC